UGAGAUUGUCAAACCGCAGCAGGAGCAGUUUCAGUGCUUUGUAAUUGCAAUUGAGCCGCCAUCGCUGCUAUUGCUAUUGCUUUGAUUCUCCAAACAGCUGAUUAGGAAGAGUGAAUUUCGACACCCGAGUUGAAUUGUGUUGUGGUGUCAUUCUUUUCGGUUCAAAUGGCUGAUGAGGAACCUGUUGAUCAGAAGAAGUAUUUUGAGGACUCUUGCAAGCCUAAAUGUGUGAAACCCCUCCUUGAAUAUGAGGCAUGCGUUAAGAGGAUUAGAGGUGAUGAAACUGGGCACAAGCACUGCACAGGACAGUACUUUGACUAUUGGUCCUGUGUUGAUAAAUGUGUUGCGCUAAAGCUUUUCUCAAAACUUAAGUAAAUGGAGAGGCCAUUGCAGUUCCUCUUCGAUUCUGUUUGUAGUCUUUGCAACAUCAGGUGAAUUUUGUCAUAUGUUUAGUUGGGGAUGCUCGACGCAGCCCAUUUCUAUUGAUUGUGAAACAUUUUGAUCUGGAAUAAAUCAAGAUAUCUGGAAUUGGUGACUUGAA